GCAGGCGUGCACACACCGGCAGAUUCUCUCAGCUUCUGCAUCGCUGUCCCUUCUCCCUCUCUGUGCCUCUAUCACUACCUACUCUCUCCGCUGGUAGAUUUAAACCCACUGCUGUACAGCAACACCGGCAAGAUGUCCGACAAGCCUGACAUGACUGAGAUUGCCCGUUUCGACAAGACGAAACUCAAGAAGACAGAGACAAAAGAAAAAAACCCUCUGCCCACCAAAGAGACCAUUGAGCAAGAGAGGAAAGGCGAUGCCACGCCUUGACUUCAGAGCACAUGAAGAAAAGAAGCUGAGAUGCCGCAGCAAAAAGCACUUUCUUUUAAUCAUCACAGUAUUUCAAUCUCUUACUUUGUCUUCAGAUAAGGGUGCUCUUGAGCUCCUUGGGGUGCCAUAAGGGUACAUGGCAUCUUCACAUGGGGGCUCUCUUACCACUCGGGUGGAAAAACUUUAGCGUGGGUGCCUGUCUUUUACUGUUAGCCUAUAGCUAACAUGUCUCCAAUAUUGCCAAACUGGAGAUGGUGUAAUGAUGUAGCACAGAGAGAGAGACAGGCAUCCAGGCUAGGGAGAGGUAUGUGGGGAGGGGGGUAUGAACAGACGUGGGAGCAAUCGGAGUCUAAUCAUGUGGGAUGUUUUCUUAAUAAACUUUUUACUUUUCUUUAUCAAAUAAAUAUGAAGAUGUGAAACCAGUCAGA